GCGCUACAAAUGCAACAACGACCACGUUGAUGUUUUUGUGCCAAAUCUUCUGACCGCACAGAGAAUGCAGAUCUCCUCUGUCUCGAGUUUGACGGAUGUGGGGAGCUGUUGAAAGAGGAAGAACAGCUUGUGCUGCUGCUAUUGUCUGAAGAAUGAAGGCGGCCGGACGACUGAAGGUAUGAUAGGGAACUCCAGUCUGCUGGCUGCAGUCCUGACUGUUGUGUCAGUGAUGUGGUUGAGUCUGCUGUCUGUUCUCUGCCUGCGAUGCAAAAAGAAAUCCAAGGUCAUACACGAGGAGCAUCAAAUAUACAACCCGCAGAUGUUAUCCCGACAGCCAACGCGGGGGAAGUGUGUUUGCUGUGACGCGAUCAAAAACAGGCAAUCACAAGAGCCAAUCAGAUCACGUCAACCGCAGUUGAAACACAAAGGGGGUUUGAGGACUUUUCAACAGCUGCAUUGGAGGAACAGUCAAACUAUGAAAAUAUCUCAAAUGGUAAAUUCACAGGCACAAAACACAAUAAAUACAUUUCUCUUUAAGUGUAUUUUUCACACAUGUCAUUACUGUGUUGCUGCAGCCACAACAGGAAGUUUGGAACACACAUAUGUAGCUCCACUCCCAAUCUCAAUAUAUGAAAAUGAACAAAGGCCAAGAAUAACUGAUGCUGAUCAGACUCCAGAUGUCUAUGCUAACAUGCACACUUCAUCAUCAAAUGAGGACGACUACGAGAACUCUGAGUUUCUGGACCAAGUUGUGCAGGAGCAAAAUGAUGAUGAGCCGGAUUAUGUGAAUGAAAACGGCUGACGUGACAUCAGAAAACAUCAGCCUGCACUCUGAAUUUUGUUGUGUUAAACUGAAGUUGUUGUUGUUUUCCAUGUGCUAAUGAUGAUGUGAAUAAAAAUGCUCAUGUACCUCGAUUGAGUGUCAAACCUGAGGAGAUUAAUCCAAUUCAAAAUAUGUUGAAUAAUUAGAUGUGAACUUUAUUAAAGUUACAUUUAGGGUUUAGUAACUAUUCAUUUUUAAAAAUCACAUUACUACUUAAAAAUACAAAAUAUUAUGUUCAAGAAAGCUUCAUAAGUCUUUUAAGCUGGUUCAGAGUUGAAUAGGGAUUAUGGCCUAUUAUUUUUUUCUUAAGUAACUAAAGCUGUCAGAUCAAUGUAGUGAAGUAAAAAGUAUGAUGUAUACUUCCAAGAUGUAGAAGUCGAAAGUGACAUGAAGUAAAGACGAGUAAAUCCCUCAAA